AUGGAAACCAAAACUGAGCAGCAGCUUCACAUUUUCUUCCUUCCCUUUAUGGCUCAAGGCCACACUUUACCCCUUAUAGACAUAGCCAAACUAUUUGCUUCACGUGGUGUAAAAUCCACCUUAAUAACCACCCUCGUCAAUGCACCACUUUUCUCCAAAGCAAUCCAAACUAGCAAAAGUUUGGGUUUCGAAAUCGAACUUCUUGUCAUCAAAUUCCCAUCUACUGAAGUCGGGUUGCCUGAAGGAAUUGAAAGAACUAACUUGCGUAAAAAGCAAGAGCAGGCGGAUAAUUACUUCAGAGCCACCAAUCUGCUUGAGCAACAGGUUGAGCCAAUUUUAGACCAACAUCGUCCUCACUGUCUUGUUGCAGACUCUCUGUUUCCUUGGGCUACAGAUGUUGCUGCCAAGUUUGGGAUUCCAAGGAUCAUCUUUCAUGGACCCGGUUUUUUCCCCUUGUGUGCUUCAACUAGUGUGAUGCAGUACCAACCUCAGAGGGAGGUUUCAUCUGAUUCAGAAUCUUUUGUUGUUCCUGGUCUCCCAGAUGAGAUCAAGAUGACAAAAAACAAACUAGCUCCUUUUCUUACUUUAGAUGGUGAGUCAGAACUCAUCAAAGUGGUCACAGCAUCCCAAUUGGCUAAUGAAACAAGCUAUGGGAUUAUAGUUAACAGCUUCUAUGAACUUGAACCAGCUUAUGCAGAUCAUUAUAGGAAGGUGUUUGGCAGGAAAGCAUGGCAUAUAGGCCCAGCUUCUUUAUGCGAGACAGAAAAAGAUAAAUUACAGAGGGGAAGGGAAGGCUCGGUUGAUGAAGUUCACGAGUGUUUGAACUGGCUUAAUUCUAAGAAACCCAAUUCUGUUGUUUAUAUAUGUUUUGGAAGCCUGACCAAUUUCAGUGAUUGUCAGCUCUUAGAAAUCGCCUUGGCUCUUGAAGCUUCUCGACAGCAAUUCAUUUGGGUUGUGAAGAAAGAAAAUAAUGAUAAAGAAGAGUGGCUGCCUGAAGGAUUUGAGCAGAGAGUGGAGGGAAAUGGAUUGAUUAUAAGAGGUUGGGCUCCCCAACUACUGAUUCUUCAACAUGAAGCAGUUGGGGCCUUUCUCACUCAUUGUGGGUGGAACUCAACCCUUGAAGCAGUGUGUGCUGGGAUCCCAAUGAUCACAUGGCCAGUGUCCGCAGAUCAGUUUUACAAUGAGAAAUUGGUGACUCAGAUAUUAGGGAUUGGGGUUGCUGUUGGUGUUGAAAAAUGGGAGGAUGAUAGUGUGAAGGGUGAAGCCAAUAUGAAGAAGGGGACCAUAGAGAAGGCCGUGACUGAAUUCAUGGUCAGUCAUGAAAAAGAGGAAAUGAGAAGCAAAAUUCUUGAACUCAGAGACCUCGCAAGGAGGGCAGUUGAAGAAGGUGGUUCAUCGUUCUUGGAUUUAACUGCUCUAAUUGAAGAGUUGAAGUCUCUCAGGUUUUGAUUCUCUUGAAUCAGCAAAGAUGAAUUGUAAUUUGAAUUGUUGGCGCAGCUACAUAUAAUUUGUAGAAGUUAAAAUAAAUAGAAAAAGAGUAAUUAUUGUAUUUCAGCAUAUGUGAUAAAUAAUAAGUCCAUAGAUUUUUUCUCUCUUUGUUUUCAGGCAGUAACCCAAUAAAAUCCUAAUCUAAUGCUGAAGAACAUUAGUCAUCAAUCGAAUGAUGAUUGUAUAUAUGUAAGAAUGCAAGUGCCAAAAUGAACACACCAAAGAUAUCAACAAUAAGUUUCAGAAGCAUAAUGCUAACUGAAGUAAGAAUUUUGUUUAAAAAAUCCUUUGAUCUAAUCACCUCAACAAACAAAAAACGUUGCUGUUUUCUUCCAAGUUUAUGUUAAAAAUUGAAUAAUUAAACUAUUGUGUCCCAUAUAACAACAACCGCACAAAUUUAUAUACCAACACUAUCAACUAGUCCUUCCAGUAAAGCCUUACCAGUUCAAUUUCUUCUUCAUUGCUGCUAAUCUUUUAGAAGCAAAUAGAGAGAGGAAAACCAGUCAGUCUUGCAGUUCUGUCGAUCAGUCAAACCUUACGAGUUCACUUACUUCUUCAUCAAGACACUUCUGUCAGGAAGUAAUACUAAACAACUUUGAAACAAAUAGUGUGAAUGAAUGAGGACUUGAUAGUUUGGAAGAAACAGGUUGUAAUAAUUAAAAUAAACCGACCUCUUUUUCUCUUGAUCUUUUCAUAGAAACAUUGUAUGCAGGGGAAAGAUUGAGCUGAUGUAAAUACCUGAAGUCCAUUUGACCUGAAUCAGAUGAAGAUGACUGCAAUAACCUAUUUAAUCUGCCGAAGACGUGAGUGAAGAGCCUUGGAUCUUCAUCAAUCAUCACCAGUGGUUCACUACACAAAGGCGCUGACAAUAAAUGUAAUUCAAUCAAAAUAUGUAAUAAACCUCCCCAUGCACCAAAAGUCCAAAAUACAAACUAGUUUA